AUGCCUUCCACCUUUCCCCCGCCGCCCGUCAACACCAUUGACUGGACCGACAUUGGCUUCAAGGUCCGCGAAGUCAAUGGCCACAUUGAAUCCCAUUACAGCAAGAAGACCGGCCAAUGGACCGAGCCCGAGCUCGUCGAAGACCCUUACCUUCGCAUCCAUGGCAUGGCGCCUGGCCUCAAUUACGGCCAGCAGUGCUACGAGGGCAUGAAGGCCUUCCGCGGGCCCGGCGACAAGGAGAUCUACAUCUUCCGUCCGAACAUGAACGCCGACCGCAUGCAGCACUCGGCCUCUUACAUUUCCAUUCCCGAGGUGCCUCAGGACCUGUUCGUCAAAGCCUGCCGCCUGGCUGUGUCCCUCAACGCCGGCUAUGUGCCUCCGCACGAGACGGGCGCUGCAAUGUACAUUCGUCCGCUUCUGUUCGGCUCGAGCGCACAGCUCGGACUGUCGCCCCCGGAAGAGUACACGUUCUGCGUGUACGUGAUGCCUACAGGAGUCUACCACGGCGUCCACCCGGUGGAUUGCCUGAUUCUGGAGGAUUUCGACCGUGCCGCUCCGCACGGCACCGGCUCCGCCAAGGUCGGAGGUAACUAUGCACCAGUCCUGAGACACAGCGACAAGGCUCGGUCCGAGGGAUUCGGCAUCACGCUUCACCUCGACAGCCAGACGCGCACCGUUAUCGACGAGUUUUCCACCUCGGGCUUCAUCGGCAUCAAGCAGAGCGGGGACGACAUCACGCUCGUUGUGCCCGACAGCAAGAAUGUCAUCAAGAGCGUCACCUCCGACAGCGCUUUCCAGCUGGCAAAGUCGUUUGGCUGGAAGGUCGAAUGCCGACCGGUGACGUACGACGAGCUGCCUAGCUUCACCGAGGUUUUGGCCGCAGGAACCGCUGCAGCACUGGUGCCAAUCAAGUCGAUCACCCGGCGAUCUACCAACGACAAGUUCGAGUACAUCAAGGGAGACGAGCCUGGCCCGCUCUGUGUCAAGUUGCUCACCAACCUUCAAGGCAUCCAGCGCGGCAAGCUCGAUGAUCCAUUCGGUUGGCGUGACGCCGUUCAAGAAGCGAAGGGUUACAAAGUAAGGGGUGGGGGGGAAGCCAGCAACGGCGCCGCUGACAGCAUCGAUAAGCUUCCUUGA